AUGCCUCGCCGAAACACCUCUCGCUCCACGGGCAUGCGCGCCCCCGCCCGUCCUACCGUCCCCGCGCAGGCUCCUCCUGCACAAUCCCGACCUGCCGCCACGAUGGCUGCUCCUCCUGCCCAGGCUGCCGCUCCUCCCGCGCCUGCGCCCGCGGUUUCCCAGGGCCCCGGCCUCUUCGGACAGAUGGCCAGCACCGCCGCUGGUGUCGCGAUCGGUUCCGCUGUCGGUAAUGCCAUCGGUGGCCUCUUCAGCGGCGGCAGCUCUGCGCCCGCGCCCGUUGAGGCUGCUCCCGCGGCGAACGUCCAGACUCAAAGCCAGCAGGCCCAGAACAACUGCGCUGGUGCGGCACAACAGUUCACCAAGUGCAUGGAUGACCACAGUGGCAACAUGCAGAUUUGCAACUGGUACCUUGAGCAAUUGAAAGCUUGCCAGGCUGCUGCUAGCCAGUACUAA